UUAUUACACUGUUAAUACCAAUCUCAUUAUCACAGUCUCUUAUUGAUGCUAUCAAUAACAAAACAAACUCAAUGAGUAGAUUAGGAAUAUUGGAAGUUGCUGUUGACAAUAAAGUGAUUCCUAUCAGAAGAGAAGAUGAUGACAAUUUUGACAUCUUGCUCCAUGAAUCAGUUAAAGCUGGUGAUAGUUUUGAAGUAUCAAUUCUACUGCAGUUAGGAGCUGAUCCUAACAGUAAGGAUGAGAGAGGAAAGAGUGCAGUAGAAAUAGCCAAGGAAAGAGGACACAGAGAAAUACAUAGUGGAGGAGAAGAGACUGGAGAGGUAAAGUGGACCAGUCAUGAAUUAAUCCUCACUAAACCAUCAGCAAGUCAAUGUCAGGAAGUGAUCAGUCAAUUAACAAACAGUCAUCAGGACAUUUACCUCAAUCACUCAUCACCUGAUAUUGUAUAUGUACUGAUGUCACUAGUACUAGACAUAAGAACAAUAAAGGGGAUUAAUAUACAAUAUACUAAAAUAACAAAAGAUGUCAUCCUCUUGCUGUCACACAAAAUAACAAACAAUACUUCAUUAGAUACACUAUCAAUCAGCUCUGAUUCCAUCAAUGAUGAUGGGGUCAUUGCACUAACACAAUCAUUAAUUAAUAAUAGAAAAAUUACUUAUUUUUAUCUUAGCUACAAUCCUAACAUCACUUCAACCAGUGCUCAGUCACUAGCUGAACUUUUACUCUACAACCACGCACUAUCUUACCUGAGGCUGGACAGUACUAACAUUGACACUGAUGGAGUACUGGUACUGAUGGAAUCUCUCAGGACCAAUAAUACACUAUGGAAACUAGCUCUAGAUAAGAAACAUAAACAAACUUGUUAUUCUUUACCUUAUUAUAAAACUAUUGAAGACAGAUUAGUCUUUGAAUAA